AUGAGAUCCUCAACUGUCCUAUUCGCGCUGGCAGGCAUUGCCAGGGCAGGUGAGCGCGAUUAUCCGGAUCUGAAUGACUUCAAUUGGACAACAAUCACGCCGUCAACGAAGCUGGAGUACCACCCAUGCUAUGAAGAGUUCCAAUGCGCACGACUCAAGGUACCUCUCGACUGGCUCGAUAAGAAGAACGAGUACACCGUUGCGCUGGCCAUCGUCAAGCUCCCGGCAAAGGUCCCCGACCACGAUCCGGCAUUCGGUGGCACCAUUUUCACAAACCCAGGCGGUCCUGGAGGUUCGGGUGUUGGGCUCCUGCUCAGAGAGGGCCACCUAUUGCAAGAUACUGUCGACGGCAACAAGAAGUAUGAGAUUCUGAGUUGGGACCCGCGAGGUGUUCAGUUCACCUCGCCAAAGGCAGACUGCUACGAAGACCUCAUUGCUAGAGACAUGGACGCCAUCCAGCGCUUGGCCAUAGGGCCUCUCGACGCCAGUCUAGAUGCGCUCAGGCGGCAGUGGGCGCGUAUUCAAGCUUACGGGAAGCUGUGCACUCAGAGCGCUGUGAACGGCUCCAUUCUCCCAUAUGCUUCGACAGCGUCUGUUGUCCGCGACAUGGUUGAGAUGCUGGACAAGAUCCAGGAGCUGCGGGAUGACGAAGUUGCCGCAAAGUUCUUUGAGGAGGAGAAAGCACAAAGGCCUAUGGAGCUGCGUAGUGCUAAAGAGUUGCCGCGUCUACAGUACUGGGGCUUCUCAUAUGGUAGUUUGCUGGGCAACACCUUUGCAUCUAUGUAUCCCGGCCGGGUUCAGCGGAUCAUUCUUGACGGAAUUGUUGACGCCGAUGAUUAUAUGGCUGCUGGGUGGACAACUAACCUCCAAGAUUCCGAGAAGAUUGUUGAGUUCUUCUGCACGUCAUGCUUUAUAUCCGGAAGAAAGUGCGCCCUUAGUCGGCCGUCUGACCGAAAGUGGCAAGACAUUCGGGAGCGUGUCAACCAAUUGGUCAAGCAGCUGGAUGAUUCACCAGUCUCAGUUCUAGACGGCAAACUCACUAAAAUCUUGACGGGCUACGACGUUACGAGGUCGUUCGUAAGACCCCUCUAUACGCCUUAUCGGGACUUCACGAAACUGGCGGAGAAGAUCAACUCGGCCAUAGAGGGGAACUACACCGCCCUUAUAGAGACCGCUACAGCUGAUAUCCCCAAACUCGACGACGCCUGCUCUAACCCCAAUUCAUCGGCCCCUCCGAGUGCAGUCGGCGAUGGCGCCCCGGCCAUUCUUUGCAGUGGCGGUGAAGACAGCACAAACCUCACAAUCGCUGAUUACCGGGCCUACAUUUCGAAGCUUGAGUCUCAAUCACCAACGUUCGCUGGUUACUGGUCUGGAAUCCGCUUCUCUUGCACGGGCUGGAAUGUCCGUCCCAAGUGGCGCUUCGCCGGCCCAUUCGCAACACCGGAACCCGACCCCGCUGUGGUUGACGGUAAACCCGCGGCUCCUUUGCUGUUCCUGACGUCUCGGCUUGAUCCGGUGACGCCAUUGAGGAACGCGCUGAAGGAGAGUGAGCGUCAUCCCGGGUCGGCGGUCGUGAUCCAGGAAUCCGUUGGGCAUUGCAGCAUGACAACUAGCAGUCGUUGCACAACGAGAAUUGCUCGGGAGUAUCUUGAACACGGAAUUGUACCGAAGAGCGGCACAGUGUGCCAAGCUGACUGCGAUGUUUGGGAUGGAGAUUCCUGCCUGUCGAGUAUGGGUAUUAAGUUAAGGCCUUUGGCACCAUCGGAUCAUAGAUCACAUCCGCUCAUCUUCUAG